AUGGAGCUCGCCAGUGAGUUCAAGGCCAGAAGCUUCUUGGGCUGCAUGUCCAUUAGGGCAGGUCUCAUGGUUGUCGCCGUCAUUCAAGUUCUUACGGGCAUAGCUCUCUACUUGGCCUUGGCCUACCUUCGGCCAAGUCUCCAUGGCGCAGCAUACUUUAUGCUGCUGGCGAAUAUAGUCAGUGCGCUGCUUGGAACGUGGGGGCUGUGGCGACGAAAUCAAUGCGUGGAGGCCAUCUAUCUUGCUACGUUUCUUGUGUGUUUUUCUUUUUUGGUCAUCACCGUCCUGAGCUUCACCAACGUUGUCCACGCCCUCCCAAAGGCACCUGUCGGCGUCAGUGAAGGGUUCGCGCAGCUGGACACGCUACCCCAUUUCCGAAACCCUAUCACCGCGCAAAUAUCCGACGCGGAAAAACAUGCAAUGCUCAUUCAAAUCUUGCAGCACUCUACAUUACCUGAGCUGAAGAUGCCGGAUAUUAGCAUUCCUCCCCUUCCCAAAAUGCCUGAGAUCCCCAAUUACGAAGACAUUCCCUUCGUCCCCCAUCUCAAUCAGACGGAGGGAGAGACAGAAGAAGUCAGUGCCGAUGAACUACCUCCCGAGUAA